UGCGGCGGGGCGCGCGAGCGGCGCGGGCGCAGGGCGGGCUGAGCCGGGAGAAGCUGAGGGGGCGGUAGCGGCGGCGGGGGCGACUCCCGCGCGUGUGCUCAGCUCCUCACGCCGCGGCCGGAGCCGCCUUCUUCCUCCUUCGCUCCCUCCCUUCCGCCCCCGAGUGCGGCGGCACCGCCUCCUUCCGCGCCGCGCGGCUUCCUCCAGACCUCUUGGCGCGGGUGAGCCCUAUUCCCAAAGGCAGCUGGUGCUGACCCUGUAACCCAAAAGAGGAAAUUGAAGGCUGGUGGCCACCAUGUCCUUGAAGAUCCAGACAAGCAAUGUAACCAACAAGAAUGACCCCAAGUCUAUCAAUUCUCGAGUCUUCAUUGGAAACCUCAACACAGCUGUGGUGAAGAAGUCAGAUGUAGAGACCAUCUUCUCCAAGUAUGGCCGUGUAGCCGGCUGUUCUGUGCACAAAGGUUAUGCCUUUGUCCAGUAUGCCAACGAGCGUCAUGCCCGGGCAGCUGUGCUGGGAGAGAAUGGGCGGGUGCUGGCCGGGCAGACCCUGGAUAUCAACAUGGCUGGAGAGCCCAAGCCCAACAGACCCAAGGGACUAAAGAGAGCAGCAUCCGCCAUAUACAGUGGCUACAGCUUUGACUAUGAUUACUACCGGGACGACUUCUACGACAGGCUCUUCGACUAUCGGGGCCGCCUGUCACCUGUGCCAGUGCCCAGGGCAGUCCCUGUGAAGCGACCCCGGGUCACAGUCCCCUUGGUCCGGCGUGUCAAAACCACCAUACCUGUCAAGCUCUUUGCCCGCUCCACAGCCAUUACCACCAGCUCAGCCAAGAUCAAGUUAAAGAGCAGUGAACUGCAGACCAUCAAGACAGAGCUGACGCAGAUCAAGUCCAACAUCGAUGCUCUGCUGGGCCGCUUGGAGCAGAUUGCCGAGGAGCAGAAGGCCAACCCAGAUGGCAAGAAGAAGGGUGACAGCGGAAGUGGCAGUGCCAGUGGCAGUGGUGGGGGCAGUAGUGGUGGCAGCAGCCGGCCACCAGCCCCCCAAGAGGACACGGCUUCUGAGGCAGGCACGCCCCAGGGAGAAGCACAGGCUCGAGACGACGGCGAUGAGGAGGGGCUGCUGACACACAGCGAGGAAGAGCUGCCUGACAGGAGCAACGGCCAGCGGCAGGAGAAGGGCGUGCACUGUAUCAGGCCUCAUGUUGGGCACCCACCCCUGGAUACCACCCCCAGCGGGUCCCAGGAGAGCUGGCAGCAGGCACCUCCUCCCCCACACGUCCCAGCCACUGCCACAUCCUCUGCAGGUGCAGUUAUCGGCCUCCCCUCCCCACGCACCCUCCCUGUUGGCACCACGCAGGCCAGAGGACAGAGGUUUCCCUACACUCUACCUCCCCUCCCAGGACACUCCCAGGCUUGGGGCUUUUCUAUAGGUUUGGAGAGGGGAGGGUCACGGGAGGGUACCCUGACAAUAAAGAGAUUGGAUCCCAAAAAAAAAACCAGAGAUUCGUGGAUCGAUGGGCAGGCCCUAGUGGAGCAAAGCAUGCCCAGAUCAUUGGCAUUGUGUUCCAGUCAGCGUCAGAGUCUGGGUCUCCGCUUGGAAUUGCAGCAGAAUAGUAUUCUUCGAAAAGAGUCCUAUGGAAAGACAAGUCCUACCUACUUUCUUCAGCUAAAUGGUGACCAGGGUCCACAAGUGGAGAACACUCUGGUGAUUGCCUUCCUGACUGUUGUGUGCAACAUUCUACUUCCAGAAUUUAGCACAGUCCUUGGUUAG